AUGCCCUCGCCCGCGCCCACGGCGCUGCCCCGUCUCCUCGCCGCCAUCUCCGCCGCCGCCUCCUCGCCCACUGACCUCCGCCGCCUCUCCCACCUCCUCAUCUCCCCCUCGGCGCCUCUGCCCCCCAUCCGGUGUCUCAACACCCUCCUCAUGGCGCUCGCCCGCCACGGCAUGCUCUCGGACAUGGAGUCGCUCGCCGCCCGCAUGCCCGCCCGCAACCUCCACACCUACACCACCCUCAUCAACGCUUAUUGCCUCGCCGGCGACCUCCCCGCCGCCAAGCGCCACCUGUCCUCGCUCCUGCGCGCCGGCCUCGCACCGGACUCCCACGCCUACACGUCCUUCGUCCUCGGUACUGCCGCACGGGGCUGCUCGCGCACGCCUGCCGAUUGUUCUUGCUAA